CCCGCCGCCCGAGCCGGCGCCGCCCGCGCAGGAGAAGCCGCCCGGCACGUUCCAGAUGAUGCGCGCGCAGAUCGAGCCCAUCAACGUGUCGCGCAGUCAGACACAGAGCACCAGCCGGCUCAAGGACAAGUACUGGUGCAAGUUCUGUGGCAAGAACUUCCCGCGCUCGGCCAACCUGACGCGCCACCUGCGCACGCACACGGGCGAGCAGCCGUACAAGUGCAAGUACUGUGAGCGCUCGUUUAGCAUCUCGUCCAACCUGCAGCGCCACAUCCGCAACAUCCACAACAAGGAGAAGCCGUUCCGGUGUCCGCUCUGCGACCGCUGCUUCGGCCAGCAGACCAACCUGGACCGGCACCUGCGCAAGCACGAGUCGGACGGGCCGACCAUCCUGGACGGCGAAACUCCGCGGCGGCCGUACACGGUGCGCCGCGGCUCGCCGGCCGCCUCAACUGGCGGCAGCCGCACCGACUCCGACUCUGACUCCGACUCGGACGAGAUCGACGUCGAAACGCCGGACAGUCCGGACGAGCCGCCGUCGCUGCAGAUCGACGAGUCGGCUGGUGCGUCGGAGCCGGCGAGCGGCGGCGGC